AUGUUUUCAAUCUUGAAGUUCAUCUUAGUUUCACAGGCCAUUUUUGCUCAACCAAUCUCAUGCACUAUUGAAGAUAUUCCAAAAGCUUUUACUACAUCAUCUGAACAUGAUUUUCCAAACAAUAUGCAAGAAGUUGACACCACCUUAUCCCUUAUCCCUGGAUCUUCUGGCCAAAGACACAUCAAGGACUACAAGUUUGGUGCAAGGCAUCAUGGGAAAACCAAAUGUUUGAAAUCAAAUGAAAAGAAAAAAACAGAGCUACACACCCUUGAAUUGUUUCCUCUUGACACAAAGAGAUUAUCAGAAGAAGGAAAUAAUAUUCCAAAGAACUCUCCUGGAAGGCUCAAACCAAGCACAAGUAUCCAUGAUCAGAUACACAAAGAAGUGAUGGGUGCCAAUGAAGAUGUGGAGCUUAGUCUAGGAAACCCUCAACACCAAUUUUCAAGUGAAUAUCCCAUAUUCAGAUCUGAAUACUCCAUGGUACCAGUUAAUCCUCCCAUGACAAAAAGUUGGGCUGACUCACAAAGCUUUGUGAAUACUAGAGAUUCAGAUCAUGAUUACAAUAUGAAUGCUUAUCAGAUGACAAAUGGACCAGGAAAUAAGCGUAAACAUGCAGAAGUUUCAGUCCAAGGUCCCACCACAGAUGAUGAUCUCCAUGCAAUAAUUAAAACUUCUAGUCCACAUAUCUCACAUCAUGAUCUGCAAAAACAGAUCUGGCAUCAGAAUGUUAACAUGUACAAGGGGAUGCAUCUGCAUAACCCAACAGCAAUGAUGAAUUUGGUUAUACCAGAAAGAUUGUGGAACUUCAUUGAUCAUUGUCAUGCAAUGAAUCCGGACAAGUUACAUGCCGCUAAUGGGCGUAUGAAGGCAAUUGCAAACCUGCGUCAAGAUGUUAUUCAAGAUCUUGCAAGUGAGAAUGCAGGGUUUGUGAUGAAUUUACAUAGUCUUUUGGCUCAACAAUAUAUCCGUGGAAUGGAAACAGAAGCUAUCAAGGGAAUAAUUGUUCUGAUGCAUGGGAUUUGGAGAAGACAAAGUUCAGUUGCAGCACUUUACAAGAUUCAACAUAGGACUCAAGAUCUACAAAUUCACAGUUUUGAAUCAUUAGCUUCUAUUAUUCAACAUCCUGACUUCACUUCAGCAACAGUAUCUCUAUUGGCAAAUAAACCAUCAUCAGGGCCCAUUCAUAAUGAGUAUUUUAGAAUCUUUGAUUUCAUUCAUAGUGCUUCUAGACAGACCAAAACUAAAAAAUCAUUACUGUUUCAUAUUCAAUGUGCACUUCUGAACAAAUGGAACUUUAUUGAACUUAAAUUGGCAAAAGGUGAUGUUGUGGAACAUGAAGACAAAGAUUUUCCCUACUUCAAGAAUGAUUCAAGAUUGAGAAGGAUCAUUAAACAAAAUGACUCUGCUUUUCAAGCCAUCUAA